UAGAACAAUCAGGACAUGGCUGACACCGGUGACAAGAAGCCUAAUGCCAAUGCCAAAGUGAAAGUCAAGCAUGGAGGUGGUGGUGGUGGUGGGGGGAAGAAGAAGGAGGUGAAGAAAGAAACCGGCCUCGGUUUGACCAAGAAGAAGGAUGAGAAUUUUGGGGAGUGGUAUUCGGAGGUUGUUAUUUUCGGUGAGAUGAUUGAAUACUAUGACAUAUCUGGUUGUUAUAUUUUGAGGCCAUGGACAAUGGCAAUAUGGGAGACCAUGCAAGCAUUCUUCGAUGCAGAAAUAAAGAAAAUGAAGAUUAAAAAUUGCUACUUUCCUUUGUUCGUCUCCCCUGCUGUUCUGGAAAAAGAGAAGGAUCAUAUAGAGGGUUUGAAACUUUGAAGGAUCAUAUAACGGGUUUGCUGAUGAGAAUGUGAUUGGUGAAGGUGGAUAUGGGAUUGUGUACAGAGAGAAAUGGCUGAUGAUUUAGUUGGGUUUUGCUAUAAAUGGCUGCUACG